AUGACCCAGCCUAUCACUAGAAGACAACCUGACGACCCAGAGACAAAUCCGAACUCACUCCAUGACUUCCACCAGGCAAAGCGCGGAGCCAAAAACGUUCCUCCCAACGUGAUGGCUCUACCUGGCGAAAAUGUAAGCAUACCAAAAGACCCAGGCCACCCCUAUGCCCAAACCAAGCACAUCAAGUUCGAUUUUUACGACCAGAGGACUUCAAACGCCGCCUUUGGGUAUGAACAUUUCGUGUCCUUACCACCAAAGUACGAUGAAGACACAAGCCAACAAUGGCCCUUGAUCCUGUUCCUUCAUGGCGCCGGCGAGUCCCAACGCGGUGUCGGACGUGAUGGUGUCAGACGCAAUGAUUCGUUCUUGUCAAUCCGGCACGGUAUCCCCAAAGUGAUAUUGUGCUACGACAAGCUCAAGUCAAACGAGACGCCGGCGAUCAACAUCGAUUUGCCGAUUUUUGUCAAACGGAGCAAGCAAGCGAAACAGGCCGACAAAUCUGUUGAGCCGGUACCGCCAGAAGUAUGCACGCUGUUGGCCGAGAACUUCAUCACGGUGACUCCAUCGUUAAACAUGGAAUGGGGUUACGGGUGGAAUGCAUCGGUCUUGUCAGCCUUGCUUGACGAGAUUGUUGAGCGAUAUCGUGUUGACUUGGACCGUAUCCAUGUCACGGGUUUGGUUUCAGCAUGGGUGGGAGAUCAUCUGAGAGUGAGCCAUAUCAAGCAUAUACCGCAGUGGAUCCAUCACGGUGAUCUUGACGAUAUCAUACCCGUGCAAGCGUCGCAGAAGAUGGCUAGGGCGCUUGAGCACGCGGACGCUCCCGAGGUCAAAUUCUCGAGAUAUCCGGAGCUCAGGCAUGACAGCUGGACCGAAGCUUACAAUAACCCUGAAGUGUACCGGUGGAUGUUGCAGCACAAGAGGACCGUCACGGGCGAUGAAGAAGCUGUGCCGGCUGAGAAUAAGGUCGUACUCUCUGGGGAGCUGUGA